AGAAUUCUACAAAUAAACAAACGAGUUACGAGUGCUUUUUUUUUGAAAUUCUUAUUAUUAUUUACGUUUCGUUUUGUGCGUUGAUUCGUUAUCCAAUUAGAAUUCGCGCCCCAAUAAGAAGCAGCAGCAGCAGCAGCAGCAGCCACACAAUGUUCAACUCCAAUAUACCGGCCGCCGCGCUGCUGAGCAUCGAGGGCAGCGGCCUUGGCGCUCACACGCCCAAAACUCCAGAGAUACUCAACUCGCUGAUUGCGAUGACAAAUCCUUUGGACAACUUCAAUUUUAAUGGCUCCGGCAAUUGCAGUGCCGCCUCCACGCCGGUGGUCACCAUACGCAACUUUUGCGGCAAUGCGAACGGACAGUCGCACUCGCAGGACAGCAGUCAUUCCAGUUGCUCGGCAUCGCCGCUCGAUUCGCCGGCGGGCACAGCGACCACGCCCAGUGUGCAACAGACCUGUUCGCAGCUGAUCAAAGCUGGCCUCAAGCUGUCCAUUCAAAGCAAACGCAAGCUGUCCACAUGCGACUCCAGCUCCGGCUCCGAGCAACCAAACUCAAAGUGUUCGCGCCGCGACGAGGACUGCGAGGAGUCCAGCGAUGAGGAUAGCGAAACCAAGUCGGUACCGAAGGGCCUGACACCCGAGGAUGAGGAUCGCCGGCGUCGGCGACGCGAGCGCAACAAAAUCGCGGCCACCAAAUGCCGCAUGAAGAAGCGCGAACGCACCCAGAACUUGAUCAAAGAGUCCGAGGUACUCGAUACCCAAAACGUUGACCUGAAAAAUCAGGUGCGCACCCUGGAAACGGAUCGGCGACGUCUGCUCGAGAUGCUGCAAGCCCAUUCGCCGGGCUGCGUCAAGCGCGGCGGCUGCCAGCUGCCAUCCAAGCUGCUGCAAUCACCGGCAACCAAGUAUCUGGCCGAGCUGGAGCUGGAGGGGCUGCUCAAUGGCGAUGCGGCAGGUAGCGCAGCCAACACGCCCACACAGCGGCAACAGCAGCAGCAACAUCAGCAGCAACAGCAGCAGCAACAGCAGCAGCAACAGCAACAGCAGCAACAACAACAGCAGCAGCAGCAGCAGCGCAUGCAGAGCAUACCAUCCAUGUCUACGUUCAAGUUUGGCAGCAAGACGCCAGCAGUUAUGGCAGCAGCGGUAGCAGCAGCACAGGCGCAACAGCAGCAACAGCAGCAGCAGCAACAGUUGCAACAGCAACAGUUGCCGAAUGGCUAUUGCAAGCCCUCGCCCUCGCCGCAGGAGUUUGAGCAUGCGGGCUACUUGAGCUCGCCAACACAGGAGGCACUUUGCCUGCCACAGCAACUACAGCAGCAACAGCAACAGCAGCAGCAGCAGCAAUCAUCACUGAAUCCCGCCAGCAACAACAACAGCAACAACAAUGCCGACAACAACGGCAAUUUGGUGGUUAGCCAACAGGUCUCGGACUAUGUGCCCAAUUGCGAGGGCCUCAGCCUUGGCCUGGGUCUGUCCGCCGUGGCCGUUGCCAUCACCACGCCCACCAACAGCAGCAGCAAUACCAGCCUCAGCAGCCUCAGCAGUCUCAGCAGCAGCAACAACACCAGCAGCAAUCACAGCAGCAGCAAUACCUUGGCAGCAGCAGCAGCAGCAACAACCAGCCUGCCGUCGGCAACAACUUUGCCGCCAGCGACCACGCCCACCAGCGCCAUUGAAUUUGUGAAAAACGAAUUGGUGGACUCGCAGAGUCCAUAUACGACAGCGCUGAGCGCGGAGCGUUUCCUGUUCGAGUCCAGCGACGGCUUCCCGGACAUCAAGCAUGCGGUCAGCGUGCAUCCCAGCAGCAUACUCAACAACAUGACCAGUGUGGCCAGCCUGGCCGUGCACAACAACAACAACAGCCAUCUGAUGGACUUCCACAAUGGCCUGCCGCACGGCGGCGGCGUCGGCGUCGGCAUCAUGACGCCCGUCUACGAGGAGGAGCAGCUGUUGAUCAUGAAGAACAGCUGCUUUCCCAACGAUCUGCUGUCGCAGCUGGGCGAUGAAACCGAUUUUGUGGAUCUAGAUACGGGCGCCGCUGCCUUUAUGCAUAACGGCGGCUGCCUGGCGUGAGAUCGGGCUGCCCAGCGUGCUGCCGAUCACGAGCUGUUGCUAGCCUACGAACAGCAGCAGGAGCAGCAGCAGCAACAGCAGCAGCAACAGCAACAGCAGCAGCAACAGCAGCAGGCGGUGGAGGAUGAGCUGCAGCAGGAACAGGCUUGGACACAUGUGGACUACUGGUGUUAGGGCACACACACCUGCAGCUGGCAUAGGUGUGUGUGUGUGCGUGUGUGUGAGUGUGAGAGUGUAUGUGUGUCUGCAGCUCGCUAUUGGCGCUUGCCACGCCCAGCUAAUGCUG